AUGAGCGAGUUGUUGAAGGAAACAUUAAAUAUCCUGCAUAAGCAAAUCUGCCAUCAGUUCAAAUACGCUUUGGUGACCUUGACUGAGAUGGAGUCACGCUCGAUGGUUUUCGGAUUUUAUAGAGUUGGAACCGUUGGCAUUAUCAGUUCACUGGUAUUGCUUUCACAAGUUCUUGCACUGUUUCUGGUCUGCUCCAACAACUUCUUUAUUUAUUUUUUCGAGCUGAUUGUGGCAUUUGGAAUGGUAUUUUUCUUGUCACAAGGUGUACGGUACCGAAAACCAGGCUAUUUAACUGUGUAUCUAGCCUAUUUGGCGAUCUAUCUGUUUAUGAUGUUUUUCAUCAUAUUUGGUUUGUUGAUCGGUUUAAGUUUUCUGCCAACCUACACGAAGUAUUGUAGUGCAGUGUCGUCGACAAGCACAAUGACAUCACCUGUCACUCUAUCGAAGCCAUCUCAACGAAUAGAAAACUUUGUUGAUGAUACUUCCCCCACGUCUGUCGACAUCGAAUGUGUUGAGAUUACGGGAGCAUUUUGGGCGAAUAUUUGGUCGUCGGUGACCUUGUGCUUCCUCAGCAUCGUCGUCUCGUGUAUUCAAAUUCGCUAUACCCUCCUCCUUUACAAGUAUCUACGACGUCGUCAACGAGAACAAAGCUUGAACUUGAACGUGAGUUAUCAACACUUCGUUCCCGGCGCUCCGCCAAGGUACACUCCUGAUUCACCGUACACCGUGCAGACGUCCUCUCCAGCUCACGUCGAAGCCGAUCCACUUCCGCCGAAAACGUCCCAUCCACCAGCCGAUUCUCUUGCACCGCCAGCUCCUCUGAGCAAAAACGUCCUCUCCCCAUCAUUUACGGCGGAAGAACGUGCUCCUGAAUACACAGAAACUCCCGGACCAUCAGAGUCAACUUUUCGUCCAGCGAUAUCACCACGCACCGAGCCAAGCAUGGAUGAGAUCGAUCUUUGCGAGGCGGUCGGGACACAACCUCCGAUGGACUUGUUGAAAUAG